GCUAAUGAAAGUCAGCUUGACGCUAACCGGCUAACCAGGUAGUGCAGAUUUCUGGAGGUUUCCACAAAAUUUGCAUCGAGUUAGAGGCAAAAGUCCAGAGCUGGUCUGAUAGCAGGUUACGACACACCACUCCAAACAUGACCAAGCACGAGUUUGAGGUGGCGAUGACGUGUGAGGGAUGUUCAGGAGCUGUUACCAGAGUCCUCAACAAACUGGGAGACGUGAAGUUUGAGAUCGACCUGCCUAAGAAACUGGUUUGGAUCGAGUCUGACAAAGAUGUGGAGGUUCUCAUGGAGACACUAAAGAAAUGCGGGAAGGAGGUCAAGUACAACGGCACUAAAUGAAGGAGUCUGCUUCUGCCCAUGUAGAACAGGAUCUCAUUGCUGCUGAUGCAACAUGAACAUUAAUACUGGAAUUUCAAAUUAUUUUCCCGGUCCGGAAGAGUCUGAUGGACCCACCCCCCGCCCCCAUCCUUCCUUCCAUUUAUUGUUGGAAAUGAACCUGACGCUUACACGCACAAAAAUCCCCUUGGAUGCAGAUCUUCUCUCAGUGUUGUGAUUUGUAAAACCAGACCAGCCGAAUAUGUGUGGAGAAUGACAGCAAACCUGAAAUUUAUGAUGUUGGCACUUUGUUGUCUGUGUGUGUUUUUUAAAUCACAGUCUUCCAGCUUCUUGUCUUUGUAUUUCCUCACGUUACAGUAAUGCGAGCUUUGAUGCACGGUUGCCAUCGUCACGUAUCGUGUGAAAAUGAUGUUUGUAACUGUCUUUUUGUGUUUUUGUAAGACGCCACCUUCAAACAGUAAAAACAAGGCACCAGCAGUUUGACACAUUUGAAGUACAUUCCCUGGACUGGAAAACAUGCUGCAGACUAUUGGCAAUAUAUGUCUAAAUGUUCUCUCAGUAUUAUUGCAUUUAUUGUAUGAAUAAUAAAACUUAUCCUCAGAAACCCCAUGGAUGAAGCUGUCUGCAGAUCUGCACCAAUGGGGAAACUCAGUCUCUCUUCCCUUCAGGGACCGUGUGCUGGACUUUAAUUUGUAAACCUGCUUCCUCUUUGCUUCAUCACAGUUUACACUACGAUGACCCGGAGUUCAUCAUGUUAGUCGAGAUUUGCCAAGACACAGUAACACACUGUAAUUCACUCUGUUGUUGUGUUACUCUGGGAAAAAAAAAUCAUCUUCUGCUGGGCUUUUUGUGAUUGUCCUGAUAUGUUGUGUACAAACAGCUGAAAUCAAAUAAAAUCAGUUCUGCCUCA